AUUCUAUUAGUUCACUGUGGACCUGGCGAUUAUUUUGAUUAGUAUAAUAUUAUAAUAUUAUUUAAACGUACCUACGGCAGUUAUUUUCGUUUUCACGCAAUACAUAACCGGUCGUAAAAAAAUGUGCGCCUACUACGAGCACGUCGAUUACGAGUACCUGGUGGAGAAGAUCGGCAAAAACACGUUCGUAAUUGACGUCCGCGAGGAACACGAGAUCAUCGCCACUGGAUCGAUACCAAACAGCAUCAAUAUCCCACGUAAGACGUUGAGACGUAUACUUUUCGUCUGAAAAUUAACCACCCGAAAAAAAAAAAAUCAAUUUUACUACCCACAUUGUGGUAACUGGUACCUACUGUCCGUAUUGUGAUUGUGACUAACGGAUAUUGCGGUCAUAGGUACAUGCGAGUACUCAUAAUGAAAAGUAAAGCUUGAAUUACCAUUCGAUCGGCUUUCGGUCCUCAUCCGGUCCAACAUCCGGUAGAUGUUUUUUUUUUUUAUUACGAGCCACACUAUGAUAAUAAAAUUGCCAAUAUUUUCCAAAUUUUGGUCGUCGAGUAUUCGACUAGACUAUAGGUGUAUACAAACAGGCCCGUACUUGGAGGGGGGAAGAGGCAAUGGAUUAAUCUUAAGGACGGCCCUAUAUUCAACUGGUUAGUUUUCUUCAAAACGUAUAAACUCUGUAACUUUCUAUGUACAGUUGAUUUCCAUAAAAAUCCGGUAGUAUGUCAUAACGGGAGUUGAAAGUAGAGAUACUUAUUUCACGUGUAUACGCGUUCAUGUAUUCACGUGUAGUUAACAUUAGUGUACCUAAUUAUUCACAUGUACACGUAGGUAUACUAACGUAUUUUUACAGCGUAUUCAAGUGAAUAACACGAAAACACGUGAGCACGGAUAGUAUAAUUCAACUAUGUGAAGACUGAAGAUGGCACUACACACACAGCAAAACAUCACGAAACCUGUCUAACAAACCCUACGCGGUGUUAUUAGACAUUGUUAAACAAUUGAUAGAAUUUGUCAAAACAAAUAUCAAUAAUAAUCAAACUUUAAAGAUCUGUAGUGCUAAGUUAUAUAUAUAUAUGCCAGCACUAUGAAAAAAUAAAAUCAUCUAACAAAAUCUACGGUACCGUGUUCGAUAUUUGUUAACAAUAGUUAGAAUUUGUUAGAUAAAUGGUUCAAAAAAAUUUCACUUUAAAUAUGUAGUGCAAGGUUCACACUCAGUACUCCGAAAUGAUAUAAAAUUAAAAAUUACUAUAAAAAAAACUUACUUUUAAUUAUCAUUGUGUAUAAAUACACGUCCAAAAAACCCAAAUGAUUAUAUUAAAUCAUAAUCCGAUCGCCAAACAUUUUUUUUCAACCAAUUUAACUAGAUUUUAACGUUGUACAAGAUGAUCCAUUUAAGUAGUUACACUCAUUAUCUCGGAGAGCAUUGAAAUUUUUCGGCAUUUAUUUUAUAGAACAUUUAAGAAACAAGAAGCACAAAAUUGUUUAUAUUUAUGUUAUUUUUUGUCACUUAUUUUCGGGGGUUUAAACCACCAAUACCUAUUUUUGAUUUUCAAAUGGCAUCCUAUAUUAUAAGUUCCAUAAAUAGAUAGAGUAUUGGAUAAAAUAAAUUUUGGUGUAAGUACUUAGUUUUAUUACAUUUCCAAACUAUACUUGUUACCUUUUAUUACCUAUACUAAAUACAUUGACCAUUUCAACCCUAUACCCAGUUGAAUUUAUUUUUGUCGACUUCCAAUCAUUUUUCCUCAAAUUGCCCGACUACUAAGGAAGCUCUAGUGAAAUUUAAAAAAAUAAAAAUAAAUUAUUUUAACAAACGUUGUCUCGCGUUUCACAGUUAGCCAUUUGGAACGCGAAUUGAGUUUACCCGAUCACGUUUUCAUGGAAAAGUACAAGGUGCGCAAGCCCCAUAAACAUCACGACGAGAUCGUGUUCUCUUGUGCUAGGGGCAACAGGAGCCAACAUGCAGCUGAAAUUGCUCACAAAUUGGAGUUUAAGAAGUAAAUAUUAAAUACAAAUAUAAAUAAUGGACACUAAACUACAUGAAGGUGAACGGACUACGUAGAAUUCGGUGAAUUCGAAAUCUUUGUUAUCAAAAUUAACAGAAUCAGAUAAUAUUUUAGGAGAACGACUUAUUAUUCUGCAUAUUUGUGUAAAUUCUACAGUCAACAUAAUAUUUUGUUUAAAAUUAAUGUCCAAACACACAAAAUUGUAAAAAACGAUUACGUGAAAAAACUGUUUUAGAUUCUGACCGUGGCGAGAAAAGUAUUAGUUUUACUUUCUGUAAUUUAUGUGAUGUGGUAUUUUUCUCUCUAAACGAAUUUUUUUACAAAUUGGGCUCCAUUAAAAAUUACUAGAGAUAUUUUAGUUACAUUUUGGAAUCUAGUCGGUGGAAAAUUUGGUUUAUAUAGAUAAAAUUAAUUAGCUUAACAGAAAAUUGAAUAUUAUGUUCAUAGUAGCUUAUAAGUUUUAACUUAGUUGUAAAAGAAAAGAAGAGCUGAUACUGGAGACGUGUAUGCCACUUUUGUAGAUAAAAAGUUGGGAAAGUAGAUUAUAUAUAGUUAUUUAAUUUAUACCUGUAAGCAAUGAUAAACCAUUGCUAACGAAAAACGAUUCAGAGCGAAUUUCGGUUAAACAUGUUUUGAAUGACCGUAUUAUUCAUGAGUUUCGUUAAAAUUUCAUAUUAAAACUCGUAUAAAAGAAAAUACUCAAUUAUUUGCGCUCAAUUUAUUUUGCCACUAAGUAUUAUAAUGAACUUUCUGUUAAAUUCAUAAGUAUUUCUGCUUGGUCAAACAAUUUUUUUAUCCACAGUGUACCUAUCAAAUAAAAAUGACCUAAACACUCACAAAAUUGAAAUGUCUCUAAAUAUCUCAUAAAUUGGUAAAAUGUUUUUAUAAUUUUACCACGUCUAAAAAAGAUAAAUAUUAGUUUUCUGUCCCUAAUUUCAAGUCUCUACAAAUAUUUUAAAUUGAAUCACAACGAAAAAAACACAAAAUCGAAAACAAUAAAAGCAUUAUUUUCGUAAAAUUUCGUUUUCUUAUAAAUUUGUAUACGGUUUUUCAAAUUAUUUAAAAAAACCCCUCGGAAAAUCAAAGGAAAAAACGUAUUUAAUGCACCAACUUGAUUAAAGUUAACCAAUUAAUAAUAAAUUAUGGCCAAACCGGAUUAAAUCAGAUAUACGUAUUCGGCUAUCGCAUUCAGCUUGUGUAAAUACAUCUAACGAGAUCAAAUUUAAUGUUACAGGCUUUUCAAUUUCAAAGGUGGCUGGGCCGAAUGGUCUUCGAAACAUCAUUGCUAAUAAUUAUAGAUAUAUUAUAACCGAUAAUGUUAGCUACAUAAUAUAAUAUUGUUAUGCACGGUACAUGAAGAACACAGAAUAAGUAGCAGUAAGUUGCAUAACCUAAACUGUUCGCCAAAGUCGAAAGCAACUAUUAAUUAUUAUUGUAUCCACAGUAUCAUACAACGCAACUGUUUUAAACUAUAGGUACAUUAAAAAAUAUUCCAUUACAACAUUGUUUGUGCAAAAUAUUCCUUUGCGUCCGUAUUUUUAUUAUUAUAUACACUUAAAAAAAAUUACGUACAACAAAUUUGUAUACACAAUAAAAAAAAUAUAAUAUAAAUAUAUAUUAUGAUCUCAAACAUUUUAUUCACACA